GGUUGGGAGUGUCGGAUCGUGUCUCGACGACGCAAUAUUUAGAGAACGAGUAAUCACCGAAGAGUUGGAGAACGAAAAGGCAUUUUAUCCAGGUGAAGUGAACUACAAACGCUCCCCCUUACCACUACCAUCACCAUCAGGACCAAUAAACAUCGCCAUCGAGUACCGUAUGUGUUCUUCAUCUCCUUAGUCGCACAAUUGUAUAUUCUACAUACGUGGUGAUAGUGGUGACGAAUGGAUGAGUGACGACCAAAGACGUGACGUUUACGCCGCACCGAUUGAGCAGUUACUCAGUGGCCAAAUCAUAAUCGUCAUUCUUUAUUGAACAAAUACCCCGAGAAAACGGUGGAAAAAAAUAAAUAAAUAAAUAAUAGCAUCAAAAAAUAACGCAGUGAGUAAAGAGUAGUGAGAGAGAGAGAAAAAUUGUGUCGAUUAGCCAUAAAGGCAAGACAAAGCCUAGGUGGGUUAGGAAGUACCGUACCUCGUACCUCGUAAAAUAAAGUCCUGGAGAAAAACUUUGGUGAUUGACAGCCAAAAAACAAAGGGAGAAUGGGACUGACUGUGAGUAGUUUGUUAACUCGUUUAUUCGGGAAGAAGCAGAUGAGAAUACUGAUGGUGGGUCUGGAUGCAGCCGGUAAAACGACAAUUCUGUACAAAUUAAAAUUGGGAGAAAUAGUGACGACGAUACCGACCAUUGGAUUUAACGUGGAGACAGUGGAAUACAAAAACAUAUGUUUCACUGUUUGGGAUGUCGGUGGUCAGGACAAAAUACGUCCACUGUGGAGGCACUACUUCCAGAAUACACAGGGAUUGAUCUACGUUGUUGAUAGCAAUGACAGAGAGCGAAUUGCUGAGGCUGAGAGGGAGCUUGCUAACAUGCUGAAGGAGGAUGAAUUGAGGGAUGCUGUACUACUCGUUUUUGCUAAUAAGCAGGAUCUUCCAAAUGCUAUGACUGCUGCUGAAUUAACUGAUAAACUCGGCCUUAAUGCACUACGUGGACGUCACUGGUACAUUCAGAGUACUUGUGCCACCCAGGGACAGGGGCUCUACGAGGGACUCGACUGGUUGAGCAACGAACUCGCCAAAAAGUGAUUAAACUCCAUUAAUAAAUUUUUCCAUUGUACCAAUGAACGAGUUAUCGCCCAAUAUUUAUGUACCGUGGAUAUCGCCUGAAAGAAAAAUCGAAUACUACUAUUUCAUUGGUUUAUUUUCUAUUGAUAGCUCCUCUUUUUCCAUGAAUUUAAUUAUGAGGUGAUGCUAAAGUCAAGUCCAAUGGCGUUUUGCUACUGAAUAUUGUAGUUUUUAAAUAUAAUAUUAUGGUUAAGUAA